AUGGAUCCAGACGACUCAGAUUAUCAAACAAGCGUCCCCGAUGGCGACGAGUGUAAUUCUGAAAUGAAACAUGCCACGGACAGGGAUUCGGGACAGUCCGUUCUCCUAGGAGAGGAUGACUACGAGGCGCAGGAAGUGAGCGAGGGCUUUGCAAGCAGCCAGUCACCACGCAAACGGUCCGCGGAGAAUGAUGACCGGCCACGGCCUUUCAAACGACAGCGAAGCCAUUUGAACGCCGCCUAUCUCGACCUUCUCAAUAGAGACAUUGACGAUGCGGCGCAUAGAGUUUGCCUGGAAGAAGAGAUCGACCUGCCGGACUCGCAGCUGGGGCUCACGUACUGGUCGUCGGUUGAGAAGAAGCAGUUUUUCGAAGCACUGUCACGCCUGGGCAAGCAUGACCUCCCAGGCGUCGCGCAGCGCAUCGGCACCAAGAGCGCCAUUGAAGUCAAGCAUUACCUGCGCGUACUGCACGAGGCCGUCGUCGCUCGCCGCUCAACGGACGGGCAGUCCUACCUGGCGCCUGCCGAGUAUCCCGCUGCCGUCGAGCAUACGCCGCCGUGCUGUCAUGCCCAGGAGGAAGCAGCGGACGAAGUGUCUCUCAGACAAGAGGGCCGAGAGAGUCAACGCGAGCAAGAGAAGUGGCAAGGCUACUGGGACAUCACGCCCGAGGUUGCCGCAGAGCUGGGGAGGAAGCACAAGGAGGAUGGGCCUGCUAAGCUGGCCUUUUCGAAGCUGUUUCGCGUGCCGCAGUGGUUGGAACUAUCAGACCGCUUGUUUAUGAACUCUUCGAUUCCCGGAAGCAACUGGCGCAACAUUGAUUCGAGACCACCAUCCAUAUGGGCCACUACGUUGGCUGACUUCCACUCCCUCGCUCUGUCCAUCACAGCGCGUCUAGUGCUGACCACGUUAUUCGUCAGCAUGUCACGGAUCAGGGCAAAAUCAAGAUUCGAGCCCAACGUAAGAAAAACUGUGCAAAAACAGGACGUGGAGGCAGCCAUCGCGUCGCUUGGCCUCUCACAUAACGCAAGAGACUGGUGGCGGAAGAGCGCUCGCCGCAUGCAACUCGACGUAUACGAAAAUCCACCAGCUCACGACCAAGGUCAACACCAAGACGAGCUGGCAGGGGAGACGGAGGAGGAAGAGCCGAUGAGCUAUGACGAAGUCGAGGCCGAACUGGCAGACGAGGCUUCUCAUAGAUCCAUCAAUAUUGACUCCAACACCGAGGGGGUGAAACAGGAGCUGCAGUUCACGGACGCAGCAGAAGAGUCCGGCGUUGACGGCGAUUCGGACGGCAAGGGCGAGCCCGACGACCAGGAGAAGCGCGCCGUCACCCGAGAGAUCAACGAGGUUCUCUGGUACUCGGCCGUGGGCAUUCGCGACCUGCAGAGCACGCGGCGCGCCCUCAAGCUGCGCGUCGAGACGGAGCGGCGGCAGGAGCGCCACGCCGACGCCGUGGACGAGUACGCGAGCCAGGCGGCCGAGGCGGACAUGUGGGCGCUACUGCAAAAGGCGCCGCCCACGCAGCGGCCAAGGUUGCCGAACCCGGCGCGCUCAGCGGAGGCGCGGCGGUCCAAGAUAGACGUCGAGAGCUUAUACCCGAUGAACAAGAUGUGGGCAGACGAUCUUGAGUAUCAGGCAGAGUGGGAGACACUGCCGACAACGGUCGAUGCAGCGAGUGACGAUGAUGACGAUGGGGAUGAGUAG